UCAACAUCAUCGACGGGAGUGUACACUGUGUAGUCGCGUCCUGUAUACAUGUGUACAUGCUGACGGGAAGGUCUGGUACAGAGCACGGCAUGGCAGGGUAAGGAGGGCAUCGAUCACCAUGAGCAAUAUGAAAGUAUGGACAUCGAUUGCCUGUUCCCUUCCGCGGCGACAACAUUCCCAAGGGAGGGCCAGUCCGCUUCUGCAGCUGUUCAAUGGAUAUGCAAAGUCGCAGUCAACGAGGACAUUUGCGCAGUGGUCGAUUGAGGCCCUUUCGAAUACACGACGAUAUCGAUACGACAAGAGACGCGACCUAACCGCCCUGUCGAGACCUGCAACGGCCGCCUUCUCUACGCCAUCGUGUCUCGCAGCUCGUCCAAACGGUCAGACAUCGCGGAAGAAAGUUGCAAAUUUGAGGCUAGCCGCCGCUCCUCCGCGACAGACAAAAGCUGAUACAGUAAAGGCCGCUGCUGCGACUUCGGAUGCCAAGUUGGAGCCUGCGCCAACCACAGCAUCCCAUACGGAAGGGGUGGAAAGAGAGCCGUUGACAUGGCGGGACUACGACCCCGAAGGAGGGAUGCCGCUUCCCGGUGGAGAGCGAAGUCAGUCAGAGAUCAAUGCCAUAUUCAAUGGACGAGACGUGGAUGUUGAUACCGGCAACUACAUCCUCAGCGUCAUGCAUUGGAGGAGAAUGUCGGGCGCUCUGAUCGAUGUGGGCUUGGACUUCCCAUCAGAGAGUGGAGUGACGCGAGAGCAGGCUCUUCUAGGACUGGAGUUUUUACGCUCUCAAUUGCCAAAUGUGGACGAGGCAGACAACGGCAGUCAGUGGGCGCAGGAAGAGGAGCAGAGGUUGCGGGACGAGCUCGCAGCACGCGCUGUCAAACUUGGCUUGUACAAGCCUACAUCUGAGGAUCUGGCUAAGGAAGAAUACGAGGAGGAGCUUGAAAUGUCUGACCAAGGGACCGAAGCUGGCAGGUCAAGGUCCGGCGAGAGUGUGCUCCAGGCUAAUGUGAAAGCCAAUAAGGCUGCACAUGAAAAGUUCAAGCGAGAGCGAGAAGCAGCCAAUGAGAAAGCCACAGCAAAUGCAUUGGCAUCCGCUCGUGGCCCUCUCGAGCUGGCUGGUGGUGUGCAACGAGACGUCUCGAAUCUGAACCUCACUACCCAAGCCCCCUACAAAGGGCCUUUUGGCAUCACGAUUCGUCCUCCACCGUCGCAGGCUUUCCUCGACAAACCACGCGAGAAGGCGCAAUGGAUCAAAUACUACGAGGACCAGGCCAUGAUCAUCAAGGACAACGCGACUCCCCAAAUUAGCACACUCGCUCGGCUCGGACCUGCAUUCUUGGUCUUUCUGUCAGUCCUCGUCGGGUGCUGGUUCCUGCACCAGAAUUAUACGCCACCACCGACUUCUGCACGGCUCUGGCCGGAGACUCCUCCAGCAAUCGCAACUCUCUGGGCAAUCACAGGACUCUUGGUCGCUACCUUCUGCCUGGGCCGGAUUCCGCAACUGUACAGAAGUUACUCAAAAUACGGGGCUUGCGUCCCCGCGUACCCCUACGCCUUCUCUAUCAUAGGAUGCAUGUUCCGACACGACAAAGUCGUUCAUCUUGCCAGCAAUCUCCUCACGCUCUGGCUUUUCGGUGUCUUCCUCCACGAGGAUGUAGGACGAGGAACUUUCCUCGCCAUUUAUCUUGCAUCUGGCGUGACAGGAUCGUAUUCUGCACUUUUGUACAAUGUUCUGCGAAAACAGUGGAUGGUCUAUGUGUUCGGAUCUUCUGGUUCCGUAUUGGGAGUGACCGCCGCAGCAUGCACAUUGAGACCAACAGGAUCGAUCACGGUAUUUGGGUACACUGUACCAGUCUACGCCUGGAUGUAUCUAGCUUUCAUUGGCGUGAUGGAGGUCACUGCCGCGAUCAAGGCGGCGAAGACGACUAUUGAUCACGCCGGCCACGUCGGAGGUAUCAUAGCCGGCGGAGCCUCUGCACUGGCAUUGAGGUAUCAGAAUGCAGCUGCGCAGAAUAAACCCACUGAAGGUGGAGAUGGCAGUACAGGUCAGAUGAUGAAGAGAGACCUGAAAGAAGUUGCCGAUGAAUUGAAGAGGGAAGCAAAGGCAGCACUAUAGUGUUGUCCCUGUGCUUCUCAACCAAGCCGAGAAAUGUAGACAUACCAAAGAUACCCAGUAAACGCGAAUACAAGGAGGUUCAAGCCUGGAAGUGACUCGGGGAGAACAGGUACUACAUGUACCAACCACACGCGCCAUGUCUUCGUCGCAACAAAAACACAAAUUGAUUGAGUCCGCUUACAAGCCACACGUUCGGUCAGAGAAAUGGCCAUGCCGCUUGCACCUCUGACCUUGGCCGGGCACGUCGUAAUCACGAGAAAAGAAAAGAGCUAUACUAUACAGAC